GGUGGAUGCGGGGCGGACAGAUGAAUCACUUGCAUCCCUGGCCCUCAGGAUAGUUAAGGUCAGGCUCCUGUUGUGAGAGGAAGAGAGGCACAGGUGGCCGGUUCUCAGAUCUUAUAGGCCCCCAUGGACACCAUCUUGGGAGCCAGACUCCAAACUCAGCAGAGGAGCAGCCGGAAUGGCCGGGAGACCAGUCUGUGGUCCUCAGGCUUGGGGAUGAAGCUGGAGGCUGUCACCCCAUUCCUGGGAAAAUAUCGCCCCUUUGUGGGUCGCUGCUGCCAGACCUGUACCCCCAAGAGUUGGGAGUCCCUCUUCCACAGAAGCAUAAUGGAUCUGGGCUUCUGCAAUGUGAUCCUGGUGAAGGAGGAGAACACCAGGUUUCGGGGCUGGCUGGUUCGGAGGCUCUGCUACUUCUUGUGGUCCCUGGAGCGGCACAUACCCCCCUGCUGGGAUACCCCACAGAAGGUCAUGGAAAGCACUAGGGUGCAGAAGGUCAUCUCAGGGUGGGCCCCAGCAGGGGCUGGGGAAGGCCAGGUGCCCAGCCGUGUGAAGGAAGAGGUGCAGCGCCUCCUGGGUCACAUGCAGGCUCCACCCCGCCCUUUCCUGCUCAGGCUGUUCAGCUGGGCAGUGUUGCGGUUCCUGAACUGCCUCCUCCUGAACGUGCAGCUCCACCAAGGCCACCUGAGGAUGGUCCGCAAGGCCGCCCAGGCGGGCUCGCCCCUUGUGCUCCUAUCUACACACAAGUCACUCCUGGAUGGGAUCCUGCUGCCUUUUGUGCUGCUCUCUCAGGGCCUAGGUGUGCUCCGUGUGGCUUGGGACCCCCACACCUGCUCCCCCAUCCUCAGAGCUCUGCUGAGGAAGCUUGGGGUGCUUUUCCUGCCCCCGGAGACCAACCUCUCCCUGGACAGCUCUGAGGGGGUCCUGGCAAGGGCUGUGGUCCACGCGGCUGUGGAGCAGCUGCUGGUCAGUGGACAGCCCCUGCUUAUCUUCCUGGAAGAGCCCCCUGGGGCCCAGGGGCCUCGGCUGUCAGCCCUGGGCCAGGCCUGGCUGGCACCGGUGGUGCAGGCAGUCCAGGUGGGCGCUGUCCCAGAUGCUAUGCUGGUGCCAGUGGCCGUCACCUAUGACCUGGUUCCAGACGCUCCACGUGACACAUUCCAUGCCGCACCCCCCCUGGGGCUGUGGACAGGAGCCCUGGCUGUCCUGCGGAGCCUGCGAGGCUGGUGCGGCCGCCGGGUCUGUGUCCGUGUGCACCUGGCCCAGCCCUUCUCCCUGCAGGAAUACACCAGCAAUGCCCGAAGCUGCUGGGGCAGCAGGCAGACCCUGGAGCAGCUGCUGCAGCCCAUUGUGCUGGGCCACAGUACUGUCGUCCCAGACACUGAGAAGGAGCAGGAGUGGACCCCAGUAAGUGGGCCCCUUCUGGCCCUCAAGGAAGAGGACCAGCUCCUGGUCAGGAGACUGGGCCGUCACGUCCUGAAUGCCAGCGUGGCGAGCUCUGCGGUGAUGAGCACGACCAUCCUGGCGUCUCUGCUGCUGUUUAAGCACCAGAAGGGCGUGUUUCUGUCCCAGCUCCUGGGGGAGUUCUCCUGGCUGACGGAGGAGACGCUGCUGCGUGGUUUUGAUGUGGGCUUCUCAGGGCAGCUGAGGUGCCUGGUGCAGCAUGCGCUGAGUCUGCUGCGGGCGCAAGUGGCUGUGCUGCGCGUCCAUCGUGGGGACCUGCUGGUGAUAGCGCGGCCUGGCCCAGGCCUCGCGCACCUGGCGCACCUGAGCGCGGAGCUAGUGCCUGCAUUCCUGAGCGAGGCUGUGGGCGCCUGUGCGGUGCGCGCGCUGCUGGCAGGCAGAGUGCCACCUGAGGGGCCCUGGGAGCUGCAGGGCGUCGAGCUGUUGAGCCAGAACGAGCUGUACCGCCAGGUGCUGCUGCUGCUGCACCUGCUGCCCCAGGACCUGCUGCUGCUGCAGCCCUGCCGGUCUUCCUACUGCUAUUGUCAGGAGGUGCUGGACCGGCUCAUCCAGUGUGGGCUCCUGGUUGCGGAGGAGACUCCAGGCUCCCGGCUGGCCUGUGACACAGGGCGACAGCGUUUGAGUGGCAAGUUGCUGUGGAAGCCAAGCGGGGACUUCAGUGACAGUGACAGCGACGAGUUCGCGGAGGCGGGCGGCCGGCACUUCAGGCUCAGUCAGCAGUCGCACUGCCCCGACUUCUUCCUCUUCCUCUGCCGCCUGCUUAGCCCGCUGCUCAAGGCCUUCGCACAGGCUGCCGCCUUCCUGCCCCGGGGCCAGCUGCCAGACACAGAGUUGGGCUGCGCAGACCAGCUCCUCCAGUUCUUACAGGCCACCGCCCAGGAGGACGGCUUCUUCGAGUGUGCAGACCCAAGUCUCGCCAUCAGGGCUGUCUGGACCUUCAGAGACUUGGGGGUCCUGCAGCAGAUGCCCAGCCCUGCGGGUCCCAUGCUCCACCUGUCCCCUACAUUUGCCAGCCGGGACAGUCAGGAGAAGCUGGAGCAGUUCAUCCGGCAGUUCAUUUGUGGCUAGAACGGGGGGGUGGAGCCCAUGCUGAGACUUCGCAGCCCCAUAACACACACAGCUGUGCCCUGGCGCCGGAAGACAGGCAGCUGCAAAC